AUGGGAUCUACACCCAAACCAUUGGCACUCCCUCCAAACACCAGUCUAGAUGCAUUCUCCCGCUUCAUCACCGCCAGCCAAGCCAUCGUCGGCCAUGAAAACAUCCACAUCGUCGAAACAAAAGAUGAACUGAAUGACGGGUCCUACUAUGAACCACCCAAAACACACGAUCCCCAUCAUGUCCUAGACCAAGACUACUUUGUUGCAUCAGCAGUGAUCAAUCCACGAUCGGUCGUCGAGGUACAGAGUCUAGUCCAACUGGUCAACGAAUACCGCAUUCCUCUAUGGCCGACGUCUAUUGGACGGAAUUCUGGAUAUGGAGGUUCUGCGCCCCGACUUCGGGGAAGUAUUGUGCUGGAUCUGGGAAAAUAUAUGAACCGUGUUCUCGAGGUGAAUGUCGAUGGGGCGUAUGCGGUUGUUGAGCCGGGAGUGACAUUCUCUGACCUGCAUGCGUACUUGGUCAAGCAUGGUCUGCGACAUAAGCUGUGGAUUGAUGUACCUGAUCUCGGCGGUGGUUCCGUCCUGGGAAAUACCCUCGAGCGAGGAGUUGGAUAUACUCCAUACGGUGACCACUGGAUGAUGCACUGCGGUCUCGAGGUAAUCCUCCCAUCGGGAGAGCUCCUUCGCACCGGAAUGGGUGCAUUGCCAGAUAAACCCAACAAGUCAGGCACCACGAUGGACCAAGACCCCGGGAAUAAAUGCUGGCAGUUGUUUCCAUACGGAUUCGGUCCGUAUAAUGAUGGGCUCUUCUCGCAUAGUAAUCUGGGAAUUGUCACUAAGAUGGGGAUCUGGUUGAUGCCGAAUCCGGGUGGUUAUCAAGCAUAUAUGAUUACGCUACCGAGGGAUGAGGAUUUACAUGCUGCAGUUGAUAUCAUUCGACCUUUGAGACUGCAAAUGGUUCUUCAAAAUGUUCCCACACUCCGACACAUUCUCCUCGAUGCUGCUGUCCUCGCCUCCAAAGAUAGAUACACUUCAGACCCAACAAAGCCACUGAGUGAAACCGAACUAGACGCAAUUGCAAAGAAGCUCAAUCUUGGCCGCUGGAACUUUUAUGGUGCCCUCUACGGACCAGAGGAAAUUCGCAAUACACACUGGACACUUAUCAAAAAAGCCUUUUCAGCCAUAAAAGGAGCCAAGUUCUUCUUCCCAGAAGAUAUCAAAGAGUAUUCCGUCCUCCACACCCGCGAAAAGACACUCCAAGGCAUCCCAACAUACGACGAACUAAAAUGGAUCGACUGGGUGCCCAACGGCGCUCACCUGUUCUUCUCGCCCAUCAGUAAGAUAUCAGGAGACGAUGCAAUGCUGCAGUAUUCAGUCACCAAGAAGCGAUGCCACGAGGCCGGUUUUGACUUUAUUGGUACUUUCACCGUUGGAAUGCGAGAGAUGCACCACAUCGUGUGCAUCGUCUUUAAUCGCAAAGACCCCGCCUCGAAGCAGAAAGCGCACUGGCUCAUCAAAACCCUCAUCGCGGACUGUGCUGAGCACGGCUGGGGUGAAUACCGCACGCAUCUCGCGCUGAUGGACCAGAUUGCUGAGACAUACAACUGGAACAACAAUGCGCUGAUGCGAUUCAAUGAGACGGUUAAGAAUGCCCUCGAUCCCCGCGGGAUUCUGGCGCCGGGGAAGAAUGGAGUGUGGCCGUCUACUUAUGAUCGAAGGAAGUACAAGCUUUGA